GAGAACAAAACAAUUUAAAAAUAAAAUAAAAUAAAAACACAAAAACCCCCAAUCUGAAAACUUUACGUGAUGAUAUGGAGAACGCGAUCAUGGAAACAGAGUUAUAAAAGGAAAUUCAUUAUUACGAAGCAAAUGCAAAGGUGGGAAGAGAAAUGGCCUGGUUGAUCCGCUUUAAAGCUCGAUCGCUUGCAUCGGCGACAAGGCCACUACGCGAUACCCUCGAUUCUUAUCGCUGCUCACAGUCUCAUUUCUCUGGGUUUACUACCGAUGACUCUGUUCGCAGUUUCCCGAGGAAAUGGCUUUGUUCAAAAGCGAUGAGAUUGAAUGAUGUGGACGACAUACAAUCAAGGUCAUCGUCUUCACCGGAGAUCACUAGGAGGCCCUCGGUUUCUGCUUCAAGCAAUUCCCUAGGUGUAGGACUACAAGAAGUUACAGGCUCCAAAUUGAACCUGUUUGAUGAAUUGAAACAGAGGUUUCUGAGUUUUAAACAUCACAAAUAUUUGGAAGAAUUGGAGCAUUUUGAAACCCUUAAAGAAGCUCAAACACCCAAGUUUAUGGUGAUUGCUUGUGCAGAUUCCAGGGUGUGUCCUUCUACAAUCCUUGGGUUUCGACCAGGGGAAGCCUUCAUGAUUCGAAAUGUAGCUAAUCUUGUUCCUCCACUCCAGAAGGGACCUUCAGAAACUAACGCUGCCCUUGAAUUUGCAGUAAAAACUCUUCAAGUUGAAAACAUAUUAAUUAUUGGUCACAGUUGCUGCGGAGGAAUUCAGACCCUUAUGAGCAUGCAAGAUAAUAGUGACUCCAGUUUUAUCAAAACUUGGGUUACUAAUGGGAAAAAUGCAAAGUUAACAACAGAAUCUGCCGCAAACCACCUUAGCUUCGAUCAACAAUGCCGUCUCUGUGAGAAAGAAUCCAUAAAUAUGUCGCUAAUGAACUUGCUAACAUAUCCCUGGAUAAAAGAGAAGGUGAAGAAAGAGAUGCUGUUUGUUCAUGGAGGAUACUAUGAUUUUCUCAACUGUACAUUUGAGAAGUGGACGCUUGAUUUCAAGGGAGGCAGUGAUGAAGAAAAGGGAAGGUUCUUCGUCAAAGAUCAACAACUUUGGUGCUGACUGAUGUGUUCUUGGCCAUUUUAUAUAUAUAUAUUUGAAGCCUGUACAUUGCAAGAAAAUGACAAUAAUACAAAUAUAAAUUGAAAAAGUUGAACUCA